UAAAGUACACAUUGUGUUUGGACAAUUGCACGGGAAAACACGCGCCCACACAAACAAAUAAAAGUCCACAACCUAUAAGUCGACAAGAAUGAUGAGUUGCCUUGCACCACUUUGGCUUCUGUCGGCGUUAUGUAUGCAUUACGUAUACGCACAGUAUUACCAAACGGUACCAAGCGAUGUGCUUAACUUUAAUCUCUAUGAUCCUUCGAAUGGCAAGCGAUUGGUGCCCAUACGAUAUUUACAUUCACGCAACAUCAACGAUAAUCUAAUUGAGCUGCCCACGAUGGGCCGGCCAUGUUCCUGCCAGGACUACGCCUGCAAAUGCUGCCUGGGCCUGGGCUUUGGCAUGAUGAGAGAGGGCCUGUGCGUUAUGAUCGUGUGCAGUCGACGGGACUUAAGUGUGCACUUUGGCGUUGAGUUGAACCACAGAUCGGUGGCUAACUUUGACAUAUCGCCCAGGAAUUUGCCGGAUUUUUGUACACCCGUAAUGCUGCCGAUUCCCGUUUUUGCCUGCCUGCGACUUUAUAACAUACAUAUCAUCGAUCGGAGCUUGUACGUAUGCAUUUCGAUGGUAUUUAAGAUACUUUUCCAGCAGAUGUUUGAAUACAAACUGAAUUGCUUGGAGUUGAGCUUCAGUGGUGUGGCUGUUGUUGGUGAAAUGGAUUGGAAUAAGGAUCGGGUUCAGCUAAGGACGCAUCCGAAUCAAUCGCCUAAUAAUAAACUUGAAAUCUCUGCUGCAUAAGUUCAUUGUUGCUUAUGGCUUAUCCAUGUACACUCAUCCCCCCUCCACUCAUUCUGCUAAAUAUUAAA